GCGCUUGUGAUGACCUCAUAAAUACUCAUCUGUUCCCUGUCAUGGCUGAGAGAGAGGCAGAGAUGGAGGAAGAGGCAGGAGGUCUGCCAGCUAGAGAGGAGGACGACAACGACUCAGACGGAGAAGAAGAUGACCGACUGUUUGCUUGGAUGGUAAAUGAUGAUCUGGAUGAGGAAGAUGAGGUGGAGGAUGAACAGCUGGUGGACACUGAAGCCUCUGAGUUGAUGGAGUUGGACACCCCAGCUGAGCGCAGUGGACAUAUCGCUGUGGUGGACAGAAACAUCAUGUAUGUGUGGGGGGGCUACAAGAAUGCUCAAAACCCGGGAUUCUUUGACAUGUAUUUGCCGAGGAAUGAGCUGUGGACCUACAACAUGGAGUCAGGAGUGUGGGCAAAGCACAUAGCUGAAGGUAACCUGCACAUGUCGAUGUCAGGCAGCUGUGGCGUGUGCGUUGAUGGAGUCCUCUACCUAUUUGGCGGUCAUCACGCCAGGGGAAACACAAACAGGAUCUACCGUCUGCCUCUGAGGGCUCGCAGCUUUGUGUGGGAGGAAAUGAGAGAUCUUAAAGGACUUCCUCCUUCAAGCAAGGAUAAGCUAGGAUGCUGGGUUCACAAGAACAGACUGGUUUUCUUCGGGGGCUAUGGCUACGCUCCUCAGGGAUCUCAUCAAGGGACUUUUCAGUACGAUGAGUCGUCUUCUCUUGUGUGGGACAGCCCUGGACGAGGAUGGAACAACCACAUCCACAUCCUGGAUCUGGACUCGUUAACGUGGAGUCAACCCAUCACUCAGGGGAGCACUCCGUCACCCAGAGCAGCUCACACCUGUGCUACUGUUGGAAACAGAGGCUACGUGUUCGGGGGAAGGUUCAAGGACUACAGACUUAAUGACCUCUACUACAUUGACCUGGACACGUGGGAAUGGCAUGAAAUGAGUGUCCCUCAGCAGGGUCCUGUGGGCCGAUCGUGGCACUCCUUCACGCCCGUGUCAUCGGACCAAAUCUUCCUGUUUGGAGGUUUCACCACAGAGAGAGAAACGCUGAGCGACGGCUGGUUGUACUGCAUCAGCAAGAACGAGUGGAAGCCUCUGAAGCACAUUCACACUCAGAGCCCCAGGCUGUGGCACACGGCGUGCUCCGGCCCGGACGGAGAGGUGUUUGUAUUUGGUGGCUGUGCCAACAACCUUUUGUCUCAUCAGAGAGCUGCUCACAGCAAUGAGUUACUGGUUUUUAACGUCCAGCCUAAAUCAUUAGUCCGGUUCUGUAUGGAGACUAUACUGCAGCACAGAGAACGUUUGUCUUGUUACUGGGACUACUUACCUAAACACCUCCUGCACAGCCUGAAGCAGAGGAUGUCCCACAUCAACACUCUGGGAUCUUAGACCAGCGCGAUGGUGCUGAGGAUUACGUGUUUGUACGGAGACGUUUGUGUCGCAGCAGGUUGGAGCUGUAGUUUCAUGUGUGUGGACGCUUGUAGUCCUGGUGUUGGCCACGCAGCAUUCGUGUUGUUUCUUACCUGGAAGGAAAGCCCCUCGUCUUUCUGGCUGCUGCAGCUCACACUAAACUCAGCAACAAGGUUUGUGUACAGACAAUCUGCAUCGCUCUGCUCAUUUUCACACGUUCAGCUCAACGUGUCCAAAAGAAGCGAAAACUCCAACCCAGGAAAGAGAAACAAACGCUACAUGAACCCUUUACAACCUCAAGUGUGUCACCUUUCUGGUUUUACUUUCUGGUUUUUGCCGCAGCAGCAGACAGAACAGAUUCACACAACUUGUUUUAGUCUUCGGCUUUCAGGUGAUUUCAUUUCUUCUAAGAGGAAAAAAUAAUAUAAGCCUCUUUUUGUUUUGCUAUAUUUCCAUAUAAGCAACUAAAACAUUUACUGUUUCAACUUGUAAAGGGGGAACACAGCUAUUCUUUUUUUUUUUAUCGUUUUAAAAUGUCAACAUUGUCCUAAUGUUAAAUACAA